ACAAGGGAGCGAACGAGGUAAGCUGCCGGCGCCGGCGGGUAAUCCCGAGCAGGCUGCGGGACCCAGGCCGACCUGAGCAUCGAAGUCGCCCGGCAUGUCGCCUCGGCGCCCUGUCCAGCCAGGGCCACUCUCCGCCGGGAGGCGGGACCUGGACGCCGGGUGUCCAUAAGAAUGGAAGCAGUGUCUCUUUGCCAGAUUCCUUAUCGCUGUAUCUCAUGAGUCUACCUGAUCUCAAGGAAGAGCCAUAUUUAUGAUGACAAGCCUGUCACCAGUGUAGCAACCAGAAGGAAAAGGACCACAAAUAAAGAAGUAUUUAGAUUUCUAUUCCACGAGGAAGAUAUCUCCGUGAACAGCCCUGCUGCGUCACCUUUUCCCAAGAUGAACCGAUACACAACUAUGAGGCAGCUGGGGGACGGCACAUACGGGAGUGUGCUUAUGGGGAAGAGCAACGAGUCUGGGGAGCUGGUGGCGAUCAAGAGGAUGAAGAGAAAGUUCUAUUCUUGGGAUGAGUGCAUGAACUUGCGAGAAGUUAAGUCCCUGAAGAAACUCAAUCAUGCUAAUGUGAUUAAACUAAAAGAAGUUAUCAGAGAAAAUGACCAUCUUUAUUUUAUAUUUGAAUAUAUGAAAGAAAACCUCUAUCAGCUAAUGAAAGACAGAAACAAACUGUUCCCUGAGUCAGUCAUCAGAAAUAUUAUGUAUCAAAUACUGCAGGGGCUGGCCUUUAUCCAUAAACAUGGCUUUUUUCACAGGGACAUGAAACCAGAAAACUUGCUUUGUAUGGGUCCAGAGCUGGUGAAAAUUGCUGAUUUUGGACUUGCAAGAGAAUUAAGAUCACAGCCACCGUAUACUGACUAUGUGUCUACCAGAUGGUAUCGUGCUCCUGAAGUUUUACUGAGAUCCUCAGUGUACAGCUCUCCCAUUGAUGUGUGGGCUGUGGGAAGCAUAAUGGCCGAGCUCUAUACCUUUAGACCGCUUUUCCCAGGGACAAGUGAGGUUGAUGAAAUCUUUAAAAUUUGCCAAGUGUUAGGGACCCCCAAGAAAAGUGAUUGGCCGGAAGGAUACCAGCUUGCCUCCUCCAUGAAUUUCCGCUUUCCUCAGUGCAUUCCUAUAAACCUGAAAACUCUCAUUCCCAAUGCCAGUGCCGAGGCUAUUCAGCUUAUGACAGAAAUGUUGAGCUGGGAUCCAAAGAAACGACCAACUGCAAGCCAGGCAUUGAAGCACCCAUAUUUUCAAGUCGGUCAGGUAUUGGGCCCUUCUGCACACCAUCUGGAUGCAAAACAGACUUUAAACAAGCAGCUACAGCCACUGGAACGAAAGCCAUCUUUCUCUGAACGGGAUCCUCAGCCUUUGCCAAACAUACUUGAUCAGCCUGCUGGGCAGCCCCAGCCAAAAGAGGGCCAGCAGCCACUGCAGACCAUUCAGCCACCACAGAACCCAGCGAUCCAGCCACCUCCAAAGCAGCAGGGUCACCAGAAGCCACCACCAGUGAUGUUUCCAAGUAUCGUCAAAGCCAUGCAAACGAAGCCAAUCAACACACUGGGCCACAAAGGAGCCCGGAGACGCUGGGGCCAGACUGUCUUCAAGUCCGGGGACAGCUGUGACGACUUUGAGGACUGUGACUUCGGAGCCUCCCAUUCCAAGAAGCCGAGCAUGGGUGCCUUCAAGGAAAAGAAGAAGAAAGAGUCUCUGUUUCGGUUUCCAGAGUCGGGACCCCCAGACUCCACCCACAACAAGGGAGAAAAUAGGAGUUUACAUGCGGCUGUUUCCUUAAAGUCCAACACAAACUUGUCAACUGCUUCAACAGCUAAGCAGUACUAUUUGAAACAAUCAAGAUACCUUCCAGGUGUGAAUCCUAAGAAUGUGUCUUUGGUAGCCAGUGGCAAGGAUAUAAACUCACACGCUUGGAACAAUCAACUCUUUCCUAAGUCAUUGGGAUCCAUGGGGGCGGAUCUUGCUUUCAAGAGGAAUAAUGCAGAAGAAAGCAUAAUUAAACCGAUUGAAAAACUGACAUGCACUGAAAAGUCGGCUGAGAAGCUAGAGGACCUGCAAGGAAACCUUGGAAACUACACCACUUACAACCAGACAGGAUACAUGCCUUCCGUUCUCAAGAAAGAAGUGGGGUCUGCUGGCCAGAGGAUCCACUUGGCACCUCUUGGUGCUACGGCUUCGGAAUAUACCUGGAACACAAAAACUAACCGAGGCCAGUUUUCAGGACGAACUUACAAUCCCACAGCAAAAAAUCUCCAUAUUGUGAACCGCACACAGCCGGUCCCCUCGGUGCACGGGAGGACAGACUGGGUGGCGAAGUACGGAGGCCACCGGUAGGGGUGGUGGAAGCCCUGCAGCAUUGCUCCGCAGAGGACUGUCAAGGCCCUGGUCCUGGGAGACGUCUACAGUCCACUGCGUUCCACAAGAAACACACCAUCUCGGGUCCCUCCAAGAGCAGAAGUCCCUCCGUUUUCUUUCCGGGAAAUGCAAUGCGUUUUCUUAACUCGUGGCCACAGUGCUGGUGCGGCACCAUGCUGAGACUUUCGAGCAGGAUUUUACAGAGUAUUGAAUAAACUAUUUGCCAAAGUAUCAAGUAUUUGAUCUACGAAUUACUAAAUAAGUGCAUAAGCUUUUAAAGAUAGGACUCUGGGAAGUAAGGGCACAGAGUUUCACUCUUGUUUGCUGCCUAUUAGCCUAGACUGUUGAGGGUCUGGUCGCUGCAGAGACCACGUGGCCUGAGCAGUUUGUCUCUGCUCACUUUUCCCCGUGGGAUGCAAGCUUCUGGGCUGACUUGGCAGAGGCUCUACCCUUCCUCUUUGGCAAUGUCAGAAAGAUGCUAACUACCUUUUGGUUUUCUACAUGUGGAACUAUGAGAUGAGUGAGGGGCACAUCUUAGCAGGGAAUAAACUUCUCUCCAGCCUCUGGAGAUCAGCAGAGUGUACCAGUCUGAUUGCAGCACUGUUGACGGACUGCACUCUCAUGACGACUGUGAGACUCUGUCGUUGGGUAAGUUGUACAUUAAUCACGCCAAGGUUCUCCUCAUCUCCGAAACUGUAUCUGACGCUUGUUCAGCUCAUACUCCGACUCCUGUCUCUGUGUUCCUACCAGACACAAAGGUGAAGUGUGCCAGCUGGUCCCCAGGCAAACACUUGCUGCUGCAGGUCACUAACUGGGUUCUGACCUUCAUGUUCCAGCCACAGGGCAAACAUGUUCAGUUGCCAUGGCAAGGUUUCAUGUAGUUCACUGUUCUUCUUAGUUUUUAUUACUAAACUGUUUAUUUUUUUAAAUAGAUAUUUUGAAGUUAGGGCUACUUUAAACCUGCCACUUGCUGGGCUGGACAUGAUUAGUACUGUACAUUCUUUUGAAAUAAUAAUGUUAUUGCCUGCUGAUAUUUUUUAUGUAUUUAUGGCUUUGUAAUAGAUGCUGAUAUAAUUGACAUCAUUUUGUGGGCAUUGCCCAGAGGCACAUUAUUAUGAAAUCAUAUAUUUUUGUAUAGAAGAUAUAGCUGUUCAUAUUUUACAUGUUUAAAAUGUUGAACUUGAAAUAGUAAUUUAUCCUAGUCCUGAUGGUUGUGUGUAUUUGUACAAUUUUAUUGUCUCAAAGCUAAUAAAAAUUCCUUGGCGUUUCUGAGAAACACAGACCCUGAAUAGAUAUGUGAUUAA